UGCUCUUGCUGCCCCCGGGUCGCGCGCGCGCGGCUCUGGCGGCUGCUUGUGCUGCUUGUCCUGCCCUGAAGGCAAAGCCAAGGCGGCUCAGAAGAAGAGGACUCCGAGGCGGACUCAGAGGAGGACUAGGAGAGGCGCCUGUGGUCUCCAUGCCCUUGCCACGCGCGGGCUCCGCUCCGGACCCGCUUCCUCCGUGGACGGGAGGAAGAAGAGGAGGAGGAAGCAGCAGCAGCAGCUCGGAGUUGCCUGGAAAACUACGUCCGCCUCCUCCUUCGCCGCGCGUUUCUUUCCACGGGCGCUACAUCUAGACUUCCCUGAGUCUUUUCUCUCUCUCUCUCUCUCUCUCUCUCUUUUUGGCACCCCUUUCCCAACCCGGACUAAGAGGAGACAACCCAAGAGAGGAAGCGAGUAGGGCUUUGCUUUUGGAAACAACAACACUCCACAAACAUUUUUAUUAUUAGUCUUUGAAUGGAAGGCUGGUUUGGGUUGCUCAAAUAAGACUCCACGCGUUAUUCUCUCCCCCCUCCCCGCCCCCCAAUUUCCUUCAUGCUCCGCUGAGUGGGGUUUUUGCAACGAGGGGGGGCACCAAAGUUCUUCCAAAAUAGUGUGCCCGGCGCAAGCGAUGGGGGAUUUUCCAGCCCCCGCUGCCGCCAAUGGCAGCAGCCUCUGCCUCAACAAUAAUACCCUGAGCGGGGGGCUCAGCGCGCCCCUCGGCCCUCCGCCUCCCGGGAGCAGCAGCAGCAGCAGCGGAGGAGGAGGAAACAACGGCGUCGGAGGCUCCGGCAUCCCCAAGCACAGCACGGUGGUGGAGCGCCUCCGGCAGCGCAUCGAAGGCUGCCGGCGGCACCACGUCCACUGCGAGGGGCGCUACCAGCAGGCCCAGGCCGAGCAGCUGGAGCUGGAGCGCAGGGACACGGUGAGCCUCUACCAGCGGAGCCUGGAGCAGCGCGCCAAGAAAGCCGGAGGAGGAGGAGGAGGAGGAGCGGGCAAGCAGCACCAGCAAGGCAGCAAGGCGCCCCAAGAUGCCGAGGAGCAGAGGAACCACACGCUGAUCAUGCUUCAGGAGACAGUGAAGAGGAAGUUGGAAGGAGCACGCUCACCUCUUAAUGGUGAACAGCAGAAUGGCGUCUGUGACAAUAGCUUCUCCCCCACAAGCAAGCGGAUAAGGAAAGAUGCACCUGGCAUUGAGAGAGUCAACAACUUGCCCAACAAUUUGCCUUUGCCGUCUCUUUCUCCUCUUCACCAGCUUGACAUAAAGCCAUCGUUACCCUUGCAGAACAGUGGAACUCAUGGUGGUGGCCUCGAUGACAUGAGUAAAAAUGGCGGACUUCCAGAAAUUAAGCUCCCGAUCAAUGGCUGUGCUGACCUAGAGGACAGUUUUAACAUAUUGCACAAUAGCAACAGCAAGGAGUUGAAGCAAGAGCCCUUAGAUGAUCCUAGCUGCAUUGACAAUUCUGACACAUCACUUUCAAAUCAGAAUAAACUGUUUUCAGACAUUAAUCUGAAUGAUCAAGAAUGGCAGGAAUUGAUAGAUGAGCUGGCAAACACUGUUCCAGAGGAUGAUAUACAAGAUUUGUUCAAUGAAGACUUUGAAGACAGAAAGGAACCUGAAUUUACCCGGCCAGCCAUUGAGAUUCAGGAGAGUGCAAGUGUUAAAAGUGACCCAUCUCACUCUCCAUUUGCCCAUGUACCCCUGGGGUCUCCACAGGUAAGACCUUCUUCUUCAGGUCCUCCAUUUUCAAAUGUCCCUACAGCUUCUAGUUUACCACCAGUGUCUAGUGCACCCCCUGCUUCAGUUCCUGACAACUCACCAGCAAACUGUGUGGUUCAGUCACCUCAGACACCCAACCAAGCCCAUACCCCAAACCAAACUCCAUCACGACCGGGAAAUGGUUAUCUCAUGAAUCCAACAACAGUGACAACGACUGGCUCAGGGCCUGGCCAAGUGGCUGUGUCCAAUUCUGAUUUGUCUCCGGCAGAACAGCUUAAGCAGAUGGCAGCACAGCAGCAACAGCGAGCUAAACUCAUGCAGCAGAAACAGCAGCAGCAGCAGCAUCCAAAUCAAUCAUCGAGUUGGUCUCCAGUUGGGCCUCCAACUAGUCCUUAUGGAGGGCCCUUCAGUACAGAAAAACCAAAUAGCCCAAUGAUGUAUGCCCAAGCCUUUAACAACCAAAAUCCUGUAGUGCCUCCAACAGCAAGCAACCCACAAAAGACUACAAUGAAUAACUACCUCCCUCAAAACCACAUGAAUAUGAUCAGCCAGCAGCCAAAUAACCUGGGUUCAAACUCUUUAAGCAAACAGACCAAUAUGCUUUCUUAUGGCAACACUAAACCUCUGACUCACUACAAUGCUGACUUGAGUCAAAGAAUGACCCCACCAAUGGCCAAUCCCAGCAAAAAUCCCAUGAUGCCAUACAUGCAGCAACAGCAACCACAACAGCCGCAGAUACAGGCUCAAAUGACACACUUGACUGAGGAGCAGAAACGCAUGCUGAUUAUGAAACAGAAAGGAAUGAUGAAUCAACCAAUGGCUUAUGGCACACUUCCCUCCCUUGCUCAGGACCAACACCCAGUGGGAUUGUCUCGGUCCACAGCUCCCAUGCAGUCCACUGUACCACCUGGCUCCAACAAUGUGGGUACAAGCCCAAGCAACACCACUUUUAUGGGGAACCAGCCACAAGCAGCCAUUAUGAAGCAGAUGCUGAUUGAGCAAAGGGCUCAGCUUCAUAUGAUGGAGCAGCAGAAACAGCAGUUCCUGCUAAGGGAGCAACGGCAGCAACAGCAGCAGCAAAUCUUAGCUGAACAGCAUUUGCAGCAGCAACAGCAGUCGCAUUUACCUCGUCAGCAUCUCCAGCAACAGCAGCGAAAUCCCUACCCCGUGCAACAAGUCAAUCAGUUUCAAGGUUCCCCCCAGGAUAUAGCAGCAGUUAGGAACCAGGCAGCUCUUCAGAGCAUGAGGACAUCACGAAUGAUGCCCCAGAACACCAGCAUGAUGACAAUGGGGGCUUCCCAGAACACUGGGGCCAUGUCUGCUGCAGCUGGCCAAUCCGAGAUAGGGAUGGCUCCCUACAGCAGCCCUGCAGCCAGCCAACCGGGAAUGUACAAUAUGAACACAGGAAUGAGCCAAAUGUUGCAGCAUCCAAACCAAAGUAGCAUGAGCCUGUCACAUAACCCAAAUCCGGGGCCAAGGCAGCCCAGCUCCACACAAGGUGUAGGCAUGGUCAGUGGCUUUGGCCCCAACAUGUUGGUGAGCUCUGCCAUAUCUCAACAGCAUCAGCAAAUGAAAGGACCAGUGGGCCAGGUCCUGCCUAGACCACAAGCUCCCAGACUUCAAAACAUGAUGGGUCCAGUUCCACAAGGAGCACAGAACUGGCAGGCACGAGGGUUACAAGGUAUGCCUGGGAGGACUAGCAGUGACAUUGGACCUUUUAAUAAUGGUGCCGCUUAUCCAAUGCAGACGGCUCAGCCAAGGCUUCCUAAGCAACAUUUUCCACAAGGCAUCAGCCAAUCUGUCAUGGACACAAGUGGGACAGUACGGACCCUUAACCCAGCAAUAGGAAGACAGAUGUUGCAACAGCUCCCUGGACAACAAGGAACCAACAACUCAGCUAGAUCAAUGGUUAUGCCUACAAUAAAUCAGCAAGUUCCUACUCUGACUGGUUUUAACCAGCCUCCUGCACAGCAUAUAGCAGGAGGAAACUUCACCCAGAACAGCCAAGGUCAGAUAUAUGAGAGGAAUUCCACUCAGGACCUCUCUUAUGGUUAUAGUAAUGAGGGAACUGGAGGUUCUUUUCCAAAUUUAGCGGAGAGUGCAGACCUUGUAGAUUCCAUCAUUAAAGGUGGACCAGGUGAUGAGUGGAUGCAAGAACUUGAUGAAUUGUUUGGAAAUCCAUAGCACAUGGGAUUGUGUAUACAGUUCCAAAGCUUUGUGGGGUCAAAAAAGGAAAGCAGAAUGUUGCCACUCCUUAUCUCUUCACUUUGGUUUUCGAGUUUUGCAAAGCAAGCUGAUCUCUGGCUGUUUGUAGGAGGCAUGGAUGGACUUGAAGACAAGAGUAAGAAGGCUUUGCCAGCAUCUCCUUGGUAAUGUCUGUGCCAUAGCAUACGUGCUGCAGGUGGGAAUGAGAAAAACAAAAGGAGGCUGCUAGUCUUUGUGUGGCAAAGCAGUGGCUGUCUCUCAACAGUGCACUUUCCUACUCAGCUCUACUGGAAUGGCCGUAGCUUUGAGGACACAGAAGAGGCAGCUGCGUCCUGAGUCAAAACAGGAGAGGUGUUAGGUGAUUGUACAAGCCACGCAGGUCAGAACAGGUGCUAAACUCUGCGUUUAUGCAAACAACCAAGUUUCUUCAUGUAUCUAUGUGUCUAACAGGAAGUCAAGCCAAGGUUGCUUGAAUAUGGUGAUGACUGGACACAUCCACAGCUGAAUGGAGCCAUUUACUGGGCUAUCAGACCGUCUUUAUGUGUAGAAAAAGUCCUGUCUGGGUAGUUUGCCUUCCCCUUGCUGUCCAUUUCCUCUAUAACUAAAUGGUUUUUCAUUUAGUUUGUCUUUAAGGGUGAAGAAAAGAAGCAGAGCUCUAGUACAGGCCAAUGCAGUGCUUGUAUUGGUCACUGAAGUGGCUGCCACCAAAGACAGGGAUGCAAGAACAACCAGACAUUGAAAAGGAGAGAUAUAUUAUGCUCAAGUACAUGAUAGUGUUCGUGUCUAGCUUGUGUUUUCCCUGGGAGCGCAAGAUGAAUGGGUGUUAAUUGUAUGGAGUUUGGGCUACCCAUGUGAUGUUCCAAGCACAUUCUGUUCAGCUGAAUUUUAGGAACUCAAGAAGGAACUGGUCUAAAGAUCACACAGGAAAGGGCCAAUAACUACAACAGUGUACAUGUAUAUGUAUAUUACCUAGGCAUCAGUGUUGACAUAUCAACAUCCAGCAAGUUGAAAGCAUGUUUAUGCUUGACAUUUUUCAGAAAUAUUUCAUUUUCCCCCUUCUUUGUAUAUGACAGUACCAAGCUCUUUCUAUAACACCUAUGCUAGUCAUUGAGAAAAUAAAGUAAGGAAGAAAAGAUCUUCCACUGCGGUAACUUCUGAUAGUAGUGGCACAUAGUAUUGCAGUUGAGCUCCCCAGAGGUAAUUUUCAAGUAGAACUUUAUGUGCCACUAUUUUGUAGGGUUAGAACUGAAUUAAAAUGCUUUAUUUAGCCCCAUAAGGGUUUUAAGAGUGGAGCUGAUGAGAAAUGAAUAUCCCUGUAUGUUGAACACAGGCUUGGAAUUAAAGGGACGCACUUCCAUGAUUGUGUCUGGUCCUGAUUAUAUGUUACACGCAACCAUGUAAUCAAACACCAGUGAUACUGUUUUUCCACAAAGAUUGUUGAGUUGAAAAGAAGCAAUACUUUACAGUUCUUACUCUGUAUCACCCUCCAGUUACUUUCCAACCCUCUCUCCCCACACUUCCCAUGCAAGGUCUCAAAAGCAAACACAACUCCAUGGGACAGAAUGGUGUUUCUGAAGUGGAAAAGAGAAGGGACUGAUCACCAUCAUAUCUGACCACACUUCACUUAAAAUACCUCCUCCAGAAGAUGUUUUUAUUUGAAAACAGUGAAAAGGAAAGAAUCAGGAUUCAAUUACACAUAAUAUAUAGUCAGGCCCUCGAGCGUUAAACUCCUCCAUAGUUGUUGAACACGUGGGCCACUGAAAUUGGUGACAUGUUGAUACUCAUGAGAGUUAGAUAUAGUGGGAUGGAACAUCACCAAAUGCAAUUUCAGCCUGUGCCACAAUGAGGAUUGACAAAAGCACUUGCAGACUGGCGAGCUUGAAUUGUGGUGAAGCAGUUCUUGGCUGAUGAAACCUUUGCCAUGCACUCAAUUUAUUGUGUGCCAAAGUCAAUUCUCAUUUUAGCAUCAAUUGAGAGUUGUGCUCUGAAUAUCCAAAUAAGAUAUCCUGGGCAGAAACAGGUAUUAGCUAUUGAACAGAGUUGGGAAAACAAAGGGCAAAUGGGUCUUGGAGUGUUGUAGAGUCAAGUAAAGAUGAAAGAGAGGGUGACCAUUUCCUUCAGCAUAGCAAUUUACUGGAUAGGAACCAAGUGUCUGUUUUCAUUGCCUCUCUCAGCCUCAGACAGAAUUCCACUUUUGUGGAAAGGGUAACAAUAGAAGAUGGACAGUGCAAGCCUGUUUGUUGAUUCAAAAGUAAGUCCUACUGUAUUCCAUGGGGCUUGCUCCCAGGUAAUUGUGCACUGAAUUGUGAUAUUAUGAUUGUAAUAUCAGGGCUCUGAACUGCACAAAAUCUAAUGAGUACUAAAACUUAUCAUUCACUUUUGUCACAAAAGUACAAGAAUUGCUGUUUCUUCUUCUGAUGAGGCCUCUAAAUCCAUCCUAUUUGUAAAGCUUCCUUUAAAUAUUUUAAAAUGGGACCAAGUAAUAAAAAACCUUUAAUAUCUUGGGCUUUUUGUUUUGUUUUGUUUUUACUAUGGUGCUGAUGUAUAUGACAUGUGUAAAAAGAAGAAUGAUUUGUAAAUAUGUUUUUACAAUCCUGCAGAUAUCACUGGGUCUAAUCUGUAAAAUAUAUAUACAUAUAAAUAAUAAAUAUAAUUAUAUAAAUAUAUAUAUAAAUAUAUAUAUAUAAUGUUUGUUUAAAAUAGAGUAUUUUUAUUUCAUUCUUUAACUCAUCCUCACUGCAGUGGUAUUGCACUUCAGAUGUCUAAUUACUAAUUUGUACUGUAUCUUUGCCAGCAACUUGCUCCAUUUUAUUCAGAAUUUUCUAGUUUACUGUUUUUUACUUUGUACAUUGGAUAUUGUUUAUUUCCUUUUGAGAACUGUACAGAGUGCUGGAAAAAAUGUAGAAACUGACUAAUAACAUACCAAUUUUAAAAGAAAAAAUAAAAUAAGAGAUGGUUAUCUGA